UGCUCCCAGCUCGUGUGAACGGACGGAGCGGGACACUUGCUGUGGAGGAGCAGAGCCAGAGGACGAGGAGAAAGUGAGAGAGACCGCAGACAAAACACAUCACUUCCACUCGAACCACCGCAUCGCAACAUGUCUUCAAAGUGCCCCAAGUGUGAGAAGACGGUGUAUUUCGCUGAAAAGGUGUCAUCGCUCGGGAAGGACUGGCACAAGUUGUGUCUCAAGUGCGACCGAUGCAACAAGCUCCUGAACGCUGGAGGCCACGCUGAGCACGAUGGAAGGCCCUACUGCCACAAACCAUGCUAUGCUGCCCUCUUUGGGCCAAAAGGUGUGAACAUCGGGGGAGCCGGCUCUUACGUGUACGACACUCCGGCCAACAACAACGCGUCUCCCACCGCUGUGGACUCGGCUGCCAAAGCUGAGGAGAAGAAAGUGUUCGCGCCCAAGGCACCAUCAAAAGCUGGCAGCAUCACAACGUUUUCCGGAGAGGCCAACCUGUGUCCCCGCUGCAACAAGAAGGUGUAUUUCGCUGAGAAGGUGACAUCACUGGGUAAGGACUGGCAUCGACCCUGCCUGCGCUGCGAGAGGUGCAGCAAGACUCUGGCUCCUGGAAGCCACGCAGAGCAUGACGGCCAGCCCUACUGCCACAAACCAUGCUAUGCUGUCCUCUUCGGGCCCAAAGGCGUGAACACUGGUGGCGUUGGCAGCUACAUCUAUGAGAAGGAACCCAGUGCAGUGACCCAGCCUUGAACCUUUGUGAUCCUCAGCCUCAUCCCUCUUCUCUACACAACACUGACCAUCAACCACAGUAUUAUUUGUAGGCCCCCUUGGUUUUUUUUCUCUUUCCCAGCCAGAUUCCUUUCUUUCCUCUUUAUUCUGACCCGCUGCCAGCAGAUUUUUUUUGCACCAUGAGGAAUGAUUACAAAAAACUACUUAGACAUGUGUGUGUUUUCCGCUCCAGGAGAGAGCCCACAUCCAGCAUUACCCACAUGAUUGCUGUACGUAAUCACACACCACCCUAAAGAUUUCAUCAGUUUUUUGGGUUUUUUUUAACACAUUAAAUGUCACCACAGUAAAAGAAAUAAGGUCUCAUGUUCCAUAUUUGUACCCUGAAAACACUCUAAUUCUUUUUGAGAUUCUAUAUGUUUAAAAAAAAUGGGAUUGAAAGUGAUUCUCAGGUGUGGAAAUGUGCAUUGUGGGGUUGACUGUGACGUGUUGACAGCCGGAGGAAUUUCACCUCGGAAGGCUGCUGCACGCACAGGUGGUGCUCAGGAGCGCGUUGCCAAUAAAUCUGUGUGUUUUCACAAAUGCCAUAUUUACAGUUUGGCUGCCUGACAACAUUCCUCAUGUGAAUAAAAAAAAAAAAAAAAUAUCCUAACAUAUUGUACAAGGGCGGGAAUCUCUCAGGCGACUGUUACAUGAACACAUUCAUGAGGCUAUAUUGAGUCAAAAUGAGUUUAUUUUACAUUUUGAGCAUCAUGUUAAUGAUCUGAUUUAUGUCAAAUAUGCUAAUGAAUAACACAAAUGUCUUUAUUUUGUAAAGUGAGGCAAGAAUGUGGGUAAAGUUAUGGUAAGAGACGUAUUUAUUACUGUAAUUCAAGGCCUUUAAAUUUACUCAGACAUUGUACUACUACCCUUUAUGGGACUGAUUUAUAAAGGAGGUUAAAUCGAGCUGUAUAAAUCUCUACGAUCAAGAUUUUUAUUGUUAUUUUUCAAAAAUGAAAUAACCCUGCUGUUACUUUCCGAGAGAGGACGCGCUCUUCAAAGUAUUAUAUUUUCUUGCCAUUAGCAGAAACAGUAGCUUAGCUCGUAGAGACGGACUGAAGACAAGUCAUUCUGUAAGAAUGUGCAUCCUAGUAUUACCGUACAGCUGUCACUGUGUUUGUUUAUUACCUGUUGUACAACGUAGGGGCUUCGUAGACGCCACAGGGCUCACUGUCGUUAGAACUGAAACGCUGCACUUAAGCCCUGCCGCAUUUCGUCUUUUUAACUCCCUCAAAUAAAUACUUCAGAAACUCUUUGACUGUGUUGUUGUUAUCACUUUUAUUGUUUGAUGGAUUUAAAUAAAAAUAAAAAAAACUUACUUUUCUGUUCAUGAAUUGCAAUAAAAUGAAACACUCCGA